AUACAAUCCGAGUCUUCUAAAAGAAGAGAGUACCGCUGCAGUAGAGAGAGAGAGAGAGAGAGAGAGAGAGAGAGUAGAAAAGAAGAAGACGACGACAUCAGGGUUGCUGUGACACACGUGUGUAGAUCCGAUCUUUUACUUCAGGCAUAGAGGCAUCAAAUCCUCAGUACAUGAUGAAUUCGCGCAAAGUCCAAUGUCAAAAACUGGAUAUGAUGAGCCACCUUCCACCAAAUGUCAUUGAUGUAAUCCUCACAUGCUUGCCUUUGAGAGAUGCAGUGAAGACAAGCAUCUUAUCGCAUGAUUGGAGGUACAAGUGGGUCACGAUUCCACAUCUGAUAUUUGACAAGCAAAGUUUUCCAACUUUGGAUGAUUAUUCAGAGCUGGGUGAGCUUAAGCUCAUCAAUGCUGUUGAUCAAGUUCUCUUACUACAUAGAGGCCCAGUUCAUGAGUUCAUUUUUGAGAUUUACAUAGAAAGUUCUGCCGCUGUCGAUCGAUGGCUACUUCACCUCUCAGAUAAUGGUGUGAAGAGUUUCAUAUUUUAUAGUUUGCGGGUGGAACGUUAUAAGGUGCCUUCUUGUUUAUUCCGCUACCAAAACCUCAUUCAUCUUGAGGUAUCCUAUUGCAUCUUCAAACCGCCUAGAAAGUUCGAAGGCCUACGUAAUCUCAAGACCCUUUAUCUUCUAGACAUUACCAUUGACAACUCAUUCGAAGGCUUCAUUUCCAAAUUCCCUCGAGGAGUUGAUACUGAGGAAUUUUGACGGUCUCACUCGUCUUAAAAUUCAAGGCCCCAAACUCCUUUACUUGGAAGUUCUUGGUAAAUUAAAAUAUCUCUUUUUUGAAAAUAUCCCGCUUGUAGCAACUGCAAUCAUUAAUAUGUUGUCAGUAAAUGAGUACAAGAAAAGUAUGGAGUCCACUCUGAUCAAUGUUUUUGGUUGUCUACAUGGUGUUAAGCAGCUCACUCUUGAAGGUUUUCUUCUACAGUUUUUAGCUGCAGGUAAUGUACCAGAAAGGCUUCCAACUAUGUAUAAUCAUCUAAAGAAUCUGACGUUGAAUAUAAAUUUUGAAAAUCUGGAUCAAUUAUCUGUGGCUCUUUGCUUAUGUGGAAGCUCUCCAAACUUGCAGGAAAUCAAUGCCAAGUCUAACAAACUUGUUUGAGUUUUGGUGACAUUUCAAGGUCCACUCAACCAAUGCUGCUAGUAUGCCCCAUGAGAGCUUUUGGGGAGUGCAAGAAGGUUUUGAUGGCUUAUUUGCAAACCUCCGGAUUGUGACCGUAAAUGAAAUUAUCGGCAGCAAAAACGAACUGUGUUUCAUCGAGUUUGUACUCGAAAAUGCGCCUGUGCUCGAGGAGAUGAAUUUAAAGAUUAGGGAACCGGUAGAUAAAGCACAUUCGAGGAUUUUCAGAGAUUUGAUGGGAUUUCGUAGAGCUUCACCACGAGCCCGGAUCAUCUGCUUGGGGAAGUAGGUUUGAAAAAGGAUUUUAUAUUGUCUAGGGUUAGGCCAGAGUCAUUUGCGGUGCAUUCUACUUUAGUUUUGUAUCUGCCUAUUUUUGGACUCAUACCAAGUGGGAUCCAAGUGAGAUAGCACACAAUCCACUCCCCCCUUUUCACUUUUCCCUAUGACUGGCCCACUUGAGAAUCUUUCUGCAUGUAUGCAUUGAGAAUUACAUAAGAGUAAUAUAUUGAAAA